CAUUCUUCAAAAUGGAUUUCUACUACAUGCCAGGUAGCGGUGGAUGCCGUACUGUCGUUAUGGUGGCCAAGGCUCUUGGACUCGAGCUGAACAAGAAGCUUCUGAACACCAUGGAAGGCGAGCAGUUGAAGCCGGAGUUCGUGAAGCUCAAUCCCCAGCACACCAUCCCCACUCUGGUGGACAAUGGAUUCUCCGUUUGGGAGUCCCGAGCCAUUGCCGUGUAUCUGGUGGAGAAGUACGGCAAGGACGACUCCCUGUUCCCCAAGGAUCCCAAGAAGCAGGCCGUGGUCAACCAGCGCCUGUACUUCGACAUGGGAACUCUGUACGAUGCCUUCGCCAAGUACUACUACCCCCUGUUCCGCACUGGAAAGCCCGGAACUGAGGAGGAUCUGAAGAAAAUCGAAACCUCCUUCGGUUUCCUCGACACUUUCCUGGAGGGCCAGGACUAUGUGGCCGGAGACCAGCUCACCGUGGCCGACAUCGCCAUCCUGGCCACCGUCUCCACCUUCGAGAUUGUUAAGUUCGACUUCAGCAAGUACGCUAAUGUCACCAGGUGGUACGAGAAUGCCAAGAAGGUGACUCCCGGAUGGGACGAGAACUGGGAGGGUCUGCUCGCCAUGAAGGCAUUCCUUGAGGACCUUCCCAAAAUGGAUCUUUACUACCUGCCUCUGGUUAGCGCCUGUCGCUCCGUUCUCAUGGUGGCCAAGGCCCUUAAUCUUGACCUGAACAAGAAGCUCCUGAACACCCUGAAGGGAGAGCAGCUGAAUCCGGAUUUCAUCAAGAUCAACCCCCAGCACACGAUCCCCACUUUGGUGGACAAUGGAUUUACCAUCUGGGAGUCGCGAGCCGUCGCGGUCUACCUAAUCGAACAGUACGGCAAAGACGAUUCCCUCUAUCCCAAGGAUCCCAAGAAGCAGGCGGUGAUCAACCAACGUCUUUACUUUGACAUGGGCUCCAUGUAUCCCUCGCUGGCCAACUACUACUACAAAGUGUUUGUCACCGGCCAGUUCGGCAGUGACGAGGAAUUCAAGAAGGUCCAGGACACCUUCGGUUUUCUGAACACCUUCCUUGAGGGCCAGGAGUAUGUGGCAGGUGACCAGUACACCGUGGCCGACAUUGCCAUCCUAGCCAGUGUCUCCACCUUCGAUGCCCUCGAAUUCGACAUUAGCAAAUAUCCGAAUGUAGCCAAGUGGUAUGAAAAUGUCAAGAAGAUUACCCCUGGUUGGGAGGAGAAUUGGCAGGGAGCUCAGGAUGUGAAGAAGGUGGUCGAUGAGAAAAAGAACGUUGCUAAGUAAUCUUUCUUGUGAUAUGUAAAUUAUUACAUUUAUAAUAAAAAUAAUUGUUAGCUUCUA